GUGGGUGAAUUUGUUAACAGUAAGUCAUGCCGCCCGGGCGAGGUUGCCUCCAUUCAGCGGGCAGGAUCACUAAGCUCGUUUUUGUCAGUCCCCGUGGCCGUCGCCAGGCCAAUGCUGAGUCCUCGCUCCUGCUAAAAAGCCGAGGUGAUUAGAGAAGUGUGGAAUCCACAAGUUGGACUUGUGGUAACGAAGACGGCCAGUGUAGCAAGGGAUAAUCCGAGGAAGCUGGAGCCCAUCACACGUGUCGAGGCUCUUAGUGCCGACUGCAGCACGGGGCGGAGGAGAAACCCGAUAUGAACGCCAGCGUUAAUGUCGAGAGGAAUUCCUGGCGGCUGCCUCCCGACGAGACCGUCCAGGUUGCCGAUCCUCGGACCAAGGAAGAAAUAAAAGAGGAUUCAUACGGCGACAGCGGACACAACUGGAAGAGUAUUAUAUUUGCAUUACUGGUUAUUGGAUUCGUAAUAGCCGGAAUCGUCACGGCAAUUUAUCUUCUAGGAUACGUAGACGAGCUAUUGUAUUGGAGCGGUAGACGUCUCACACUAGAAGAGUGCCUUCAAGAGGACCUAUCACCUCGUCGGUUGCCACCCGCCUGGGUAACUCAUGAUAAAUUCGUUUACCAAGCUGACGAUGGUUCAUUAGCGCUUCUCGAUACUUCCAACAAUUCCGUCUCGCUAUUAGUCUCCAAUCACACUCUCAGACAGCUCAACGUUCAAGGCUUCCAGUGCAGCAGUAAUCUACGGUACGUGCUUUUUAAGCACGAUGUUAAACCAGUAUUCAAGCACACGUUCACCGCGCUCUACACAGUCUACGACGUCACUAACGACCACCAUACUCCCCUACGUCUUCACGCCUCGCCGCGGGUCCAGCCAACUAGACUGCAGUACACCGCCUGGUUGGGUAACAGCACAUCGCUAUUGAUGAUAUCCGAUAACAAUAUAUUCUUAAGAAUGUCGCCGUCGGCGCCAGAAGACAAGCGACUGACUGACACUGGAGUGCCUGGUAUUAUUUACAAUGGAGUCCCAGACUGGCUUUAUCAGGAGGAAGUGCUUCCCAGACCUGAGGCACUCUGGCCUAGUCCUGACGGCAGUCUGCUUCUCUAUGCUUCUUUCAAUGACACCAAAGUCACGUCUCUGGAGUUUCCGUGGUUCGGGAAUCAAAUGGGUCAGGAUGGUGCUAGCUCGAGUCCAGCGGGGAUUGUUAAGAAGGGAUCCUUUCCACCAUCAAAAUCCGUGAGAUAUCCGACGCCCGGCUCACCGAAUCCCGAAGUCUGUUUGUGGAUUCACGAUCUCACCAACAUUACCGCCGAUACAACUAAUGAAACUUUAAUUACUUCUUUAGACAGGAUAAUGCUCAAACCACCGACUACUCUCGAUGGCCAAGAGUUUUACUUGAUAUCAGCGGGUUGGGUGGGCGAUCAGUCGGAUCAAAUAAGCAUAGUGUGGAUGACACGCUCUCAAAAUUUAUCGGUGGUAUCAGCGUACCGAGCGCCGAAGUGGGAAUGCGAGGAGAGACACUCGGAGCGUGCUCCAGAAGGGCAGUGGCUGGACGCACAACCGCAUCCAGUGUUUGCGUCAGACGGGAGCAGCUUUUUGCUGCUGGCCGCUGUGCAGGAGGGUAACCAGGAGCACUUUACUCAUAUCAAACAUGUCGAGCUUACACAACAGCGAGUCGCGGUGUUGUCACAUGGUCGAUAUGAAGUCAGUGAAAUAUUGGCCUGGGACAGUCGCGCCCAUUUGGUUUAUUACCUCGGCACACGUGAGCGGAAACCAGGGCAGAAACAUUUGUAUGUGGUCAGAGACCCCACGACCGACGACCCGCGACGGCUGGAGCCCCUCUGCAUCACCUGCGAUCUCGGAGACGUCCUCUGGAGCAGUCGAUUCUAUUAUACCAAUUGUACACAUUUCGGUGCUUCGGUUAGCCCUUCAACAGAAACUAGACAAGGGUAUUAUGUGCUCCAUUGUGAAGGCCCGGGAUUACCUCUUGCUGGAGUUCAUUCAGUGACAAACCACAAAAUGGUUCGUGUCCUAUACGACUCCAGGGUUCAACAUGCUGAUAGAUUAGCUCAAUUAGCUUUACCGACUCGCAGGAGUUUUGAAGUGCCGCUACCCCAAGGAUGGAGAGCCCAAGUCCAGCUGCAGCUACCGCCAUCAUGGCGAGAAGAGCUCCGCGACGCGGCUUUUCCGGUCCUUGUGGAAGUAAAUGGUCGACCUGGGAGCGAAGCAGUAACGGACAAGUUCCAAAUCGACUGGGGAACCUACAUGUCCAGCCACAAUGACGUGGUCUACAUACGGUUGGACGUUCGCGGUGCGCGGGGCCAAGGAAAAAAGGCCCUGUACCACCGAAUCGGGGGCGUUGAGGUCCAGGACCAGCUGACUGUGCUCCAGUACCUUCUCAAUACUUACCAAUACCUAGACGAGUCCCGAGUCGGCGUCUGGGGCUGGGGGUACGGAGGAUACGUCACUGCGAUGGUCCUCGGCAGCCAGCAGAAUGUCUUCAAAUGCGGCAUUGCGGUCAAUCCCAUCGCCGAUUGGUUGUAUUACAAUUCAGCGUUCACGGAACGGGUCUUGGGCGCCCCAAUCGAAAAUUACAAGGGAUAUGUCGAGGCGGAUUUGACUCAGCGCGCAAGAUUAGUACCGAGUCACAGCCUCUACCUUGUUCACGGUCUAGCUGACCUAACAGCGCCUUAUACACACGGUAUAGCCUUCGCUAAAGCUCUGUCUGAAGCCGGUGUUAUCUUUAGGUAUCAGAGCUAUGCGGAUGAGGAUCACGCUUUAACGGGCGUGAUCGAGCACGCUUAUCGAUCCAUGGAGGACUUCUUCACAGAGUGUCUCUCCCUGGAUGCCUCCUAGUGCCUCAAGACGAUUUCUUGCUCGUCAUUAAUACUGCGUCUUCUGCUUAUAACAGAAUUAAUACGGUCGUAAUUUAAUAUACAUAUUAAAUAAUAAAU